AAUAGCCCUAAAAACAACAUGGCGUGUGCGAUUGAACCUCGAAGUUCCGGCUUGCGCGUGGUUCUGUCGGCGCGCGUCAUCGCGGUGUGACAAAGCGAUCGUUCCUGAUCGCACCGACGUGUCAGUCAGCGCGCCUGCCGGCUUGGAAGAAGAGCGCGCGCUCCACGGGGCGAUUACCGCCGAUAAAGUGGCGUUAUCCGGCGAGACGCCAGAGCGAGGGUAUAGCUCUCGGAGCCAGACCCACUGUCGAGCCGGCCGCCAUGGCAGUCGUACAUAACCUCGACAUCACCGUCAAGUUCCUGCAGGAGCUGCUGGCCGAGUCCGACCCGGGACUGGUCGUCACGUCUUUCCAGGUGGCGGCGGGCGCCAGCCGCGGGGACAACUACACGGCCACGCUGUACCGCCUGCGCGUGCUGGGGGAGUUGCCCGGCCGCCGGCAGCCCUGGCGCAGGUCGCUCAUCUACAAGUGCCUGCCCGCCGACCCGGCGCGCCGCGAGGCCUUCAAGUCCGACGCGCUCUUCCGCAACGAGGUGGUGUUCUACACGCGCGCGCUGCCCGCCCUGCUCGCCUUCCAGGGCCAGCGGGACGUGUUCCGCGCGGUGCCGCGCUGCUACCUCGCCCAGUCCGACGUCAUCGUGCUGGAGGACCUGGUGGCGCGGGGGUUCACGAUGGCCGACCGCAAGGCCGGACUCGACCACGUCCACUGCAAGGCGGUGCUGACGGAGCUGGCCAGGUUCCACGCCCUGUCGCUGGCCAUGAAGGGCCGCGAGCCGGAGCUGUUCCACGGCAGCGUGUCGGGCGCCGUCACCGAGGUGCUGUUCGUGCCGGAGAACGAGCAGUGGUACAGCGAGUAUUACAGGACCGCCGCCGAGAACGCCAUCAGCAUGGUGGAGCAGACCCUGCCGCCCGGCGGGACGAGGAGCGAGUGCCUGUCCAGGCUGAGGCGGCUGGUGUCUGACGGCCAGUUCUUCAGCCGCAUGGUCGCCAUGGUGCAGCCGCGUGAGCCCUACGCCGUCCUCAGCCACGGCGACUGCUGGACCAACAACAUCCUCUUCAAGUACUCCGACGCCGGGGACAUACUGGAGGUGUGCCUGGUGGACUUCCAGAUCUCGCGCUACGCCUCGCCGGCGCUGGACCUCGCCUACCUGCUGUACUGCUGCACGUCGCUGGCGACGAGGCGCGCGCACAUGCCGGCCCUGCUGGCGCACUACCACGGCACCGUGGUGCAGGCGCUAAGCGACCUGGGAGCCACGCCCGACCGCGGCGACGGCCAACACCACCUCCGCCCCGACGCGCUGUGGCAGCUCCUGCUGGCGGACAUGCGGCGCUACGGGCGCUACGCCAUGGGCGCGGCGCUCGAGAUGAUCCCCAUCUCGACGUGCGACUCGGACCAGGCGCCCGACCUGUACGUCGCGUCGCGCGACGACGCCGGUCCGCCGGGCCAAGGCUGCGCCCCCGUGUGGGCGUCCAACGAGGCGUGCCGCCGCAAGAUGGCCGACCUGGUGCUGGAGCUGGUCGAGAAGGGAGACCUGUGACCCCGCCGCCGCCGGUCUACUUCGCCGCCGUGCAGUUCCCAAAAGAUUACAAUUGUAUCUGUACCUCGGCGGCCACGUUCCGCAUGCUCGCACGGUGACCGUAUGAAGCCGCUACCCUCUCCCUUUCAACCAAUUGUUGCGCCAUAUCGGUUAGACGCCCGAAACAUUGGCUGAAGCAUUCUGGAAACAAGUUUUAAAUGACUAGAGAUUCUAAUCCGCAUUCAAUCAAUAACCGUCGUCUGACGUUAUCAAGCACCAUUCCCGCAAUUUUUUUUUUGGCGGAAAAAAUAUAUAUGGCCUUGGCGAGGUUAUUAAAAAGUGACUUCAACUAUACGUCACAACACGCCGUCUCCUUGACCACCGCUUGACGUUCUUUCGAGUGGCAGACAACAAUAUCAUCUACGAUAUGUCAAAAAUUCACGUAUUUUGGAUAGAAAAUAGCUGAGUAAAUAAAACUGCUCUCAUGAAAAAGUAUGGUUUUCGUGACAUAGUGUCAUGUCACUGGGGUACAGAUAUAUAAAUAUAAAAAAAAAGAUCCAUACCAACCCAAAUAUUGUACAUUUUAGCUGAAUGCUUUGAAAACAUAGUUAUGCUUACCAAAUGCAUUAAAUAAGGAUCUCAUAUUAAACACCUGUACACUUAACUGAGUAUCAUAAAGUUUUUUAAAAGAGGUUUCGCUGUGAGUGCCUUGUUAUAAGAAAUGUUUGUUAAAAGUGCCCAGAAUAAUUUUGAAGCAAUAUUAUGAUUUUACUACUUAAUUUUAGUUCGCUCUGUUCCUUUAAUUGUCAACAGGAGUAAUACUUGUUUGGAAAAUUAUUAAGCUUAGAACAGAAGCAUCCUUUCAAAACACUCUUUUAAGUUUAUCGCAAACAGUAUAUUAAGCCCAAAAAUUGACUUAAAAUAUUUAAUCAACUGCACACUAUAAAACCUAUUAGGUAAUAAAAGUAUCUAAUCUUGACACUGGCACAAACUUGCCUUUUAAGGAAAGGGGAGAGGGGAGGAAAUUAUCACGUUCUGUACAUAAAAAAAUAUACUAUGUUUUAAAUACUUACGAGAUGAUAAAACAUGUUUUCUAAGUCAUUGUUACAUUUUUAGAAGAAGUGUUUCAUCAAAUUUAACAUGACUUUGACUGUGGAAAAUGUUGCCAUUAAAUAAAUAAAAUCUGAAAAACAUGUUGUUGGGUCAUUCUCUGAAAAAGGUAGAAAAACAAGAAUAAAAUUUUUUUUCUAGAAAAUUAUAAACUGAAGCAAAUAAAUUCUCUUAUAUUUUUUAUUGAAGUAACUAAACUCUGCUUAGCAACUGGUCAAGUUUUUCAACAGUUAUUUACUACAAUAUUAAAUGUUAUUCUUUAUGCUAUGUCCACAGAGUGGACAUGUAUGUCCACGGAGGGGAGAUAAUACUUCCAAGUCGCAGAUUAAAGUAUGUAAUUAUGUAUUAGGGAUACAUGAUUAAAGUAUGUAAUUAUGUAUUAGGGAUACAAAUGCCACAUUACCUAAUGUUUAGAAUGUGAAUUUGUAUUUUUAAAGUCAGGAAAGUACAUAAUGUUAGUUAAGUAAAAAAUAAUUUUGGCAAAUUGGUGUAAUGAGAUCAUAGAUUUACUCUCAUUUUUAACACAAAAAAAAAUACUUAUUAUAACAAAAACGGAAGUUGGCUCCCUGUUGCUAUUGCAUAAUUAAUUAUCAGUCCCAUUCCAUAAUAAUGACAUGGGCCAGCUUCACAGCUACUGCAUGAUAGUCGUCUAACAUGCAGACUUUGAGAUCCCUUUUUGAAUACAACUUCAUGUAUCUUCAUUGUGCCUUUGAACACUUGAAUAUUAUUUGGUAUGUGCUUGUCAAUACUGGUUAUGACUGAUUCCUGAAUUUGUUUCACUAAUAUACCCUUGCAAUGGUCUUGUAGAUAAGGAACUAACGUGUCACAGUCUGGAAUAUCAAUUUGAUGUGCUACCAAGCCAUCAGCUGUUCUUUUUAGAGCUGCCCCAACUCCAUCUGGAGCACCCUUUCCAUGAGCACUUUCGCUGAAAUGCCAGUGAAUUUCUUCCACAUUCAAUUCUCUUGAUAAAAAGCCACCCAUUAGCUGAAACAUUUUCCGGUUUUUGUACUGGGUACAGGGUCCAUCCCUAAGGAAGUGAGCCUUUUCCAACUGAGGUAUACGUGACUUUAUAUCCUGAAUAAUAGGCAGUAAAUGGGCAAAUAUUGCUGCAGGAUCAUGUCUGUUGCACGAGCUGACUGUUCCAUAACAGAGAGGUGAUGGUGCAACAUCCGUAUGACAGUACAGAACACAUGUAUGGAUAGUCACUUGGGGUUUUGAUCCCCCAAAAUGUGCUGCUUGGAUUUCUUUUGAAUAUUUGCAGGUAUAGUUUUCAGAAAAGUCAACAUGUACCAACACUUCAUUCUGUAAAAUAUUUUUCUUGAGUUUUGAAAUUUCCUCAUAUUGGUGGCUUAUGUUUGACACAUGUGCCAUGAAAGGUACAAUUUCUCUUGAGAAAAUGCAUAUGAGCUGAGUUUUUGAACAUUCUUCUAAAACUUUCACAGUUUUAGAACACAAUUUAAUUUUAUCUUUAAACUUUUAUCUUUCCACUUCUGGAAAAACACGGGACUUUCGUCAGAAUCUUCUUUAGUCUAUAUACAUUUUGAUUUACAAUCAUUGCACUGUCGUUCUAGGCAUGCUUAAUUUCUUGGGUCACAGCACAGUGUUCUAAGAACUUCAAAUGGUAUUUAUUCAUCAACAAGGUUCAAAGAAUUCAGCUUUCUUACUAAAAGAACCAUAUUUUCGUGUGUUUUGCAUAAACAUGUUUCUCUUUCAGAUACCUUUGGAAACACAACCCAAAUGGUCUAAGUCUGCAAAACGUCUGAUAGCUCAAAUUCUGAUACUUGGGACUUUCUUCUUUGAAGAUCUUGUGCAGGUUCUGAAGUGUGUCAUUUAAGAAACGCUUUUGCUUCUUCAUGUUGUUUCUGGUUAUAGUUUCCUUCUUUCCUGAGCACAAGCGACUCGCUUUAUCUGUCUCUAAAAAUGUAGUUACGUCAGAUCUUACCUUCUCCAAGAUAAAUCUUCCUUUCAAAACUUUCUUAUGGGCUUGACCACUCUGAAACUUUUUUUUGAAGUAAGUGUACUCAAAUAGUUCAAGUACCUAUAUUUUCGAACUAUUUUUCUACUUAAAACUUUUACCAUGACUCUUUUAACUUUGGAUGACUUAAGUUUCUGAAAGUUGUGCUGUAUUUGUUUGCUAAUAACUUCUCCAAACAGCAGUUUUUUGUAUGCUACAUUUUCAUUGUUUUUGUCUAGACUUUUUAGGAGUUUUCGAGACCUCUUUCUUGGGCUAUCGUCUUCUAUUUGCUGCUUUUUUUUUUAACCUACUUAGUCUUUUUUUGUACUUUUCUAACCUUGUCUUGGUUUUUUUGUUUUCAUUUUCCAGUACCUUGAUCUUUUGUUGUAGCUUGUAUCUAUUUCUUCUAAUCAUUUUCCUUCCUCUUUCAGUUCCACACUUAAGUUUUUCCCUUUUAUCACAAUUGCUAUUAAUCUGUGUGGUAGGAUUAUUUGUGGAUGUGCAUUCUUCUGUUUUUUGUUCCAUAUUUUGCUGCUGUUUUUUUUUUGUUUUCGAUAAAUUUUUUUAUCUUUAUCCUUCCAAAUUUUUCUUGCUGCUCUUUUUUCACGGUCACUCAUUGUUUUAAUAGUCUUUAUUUUUCCAGAUGCUUUUCUCUGGUGAUAACGUUCUCUUUCUUUUCUCUUAGACUCUUCAUACAAAACAGACUUUUCAAGUAACUUCUGUCUCGAUCGUCUCAUGCUAAGUUUUUUCUGCUCUCUUCUUUUCUGAAUCUGCGCAUCUGACUGGUUCUUUUUCUUCUUUUUUGUGGGUGCCAUCUUAAAAACAAGAAAAUAUCUCAGCAGUUAGGUUGACUGCACAUCAAGCUAAUAUUUUUAUAUAUGUAUUCUUUGCAGAACAUAAAUUCUCCUCCGUGGACAAUAAGUAUCCCCUCCGUGGACCAACAUAGUCCACGGAGGGGAUGUCCACGGAGGGGAUAAAAGUAAGGUUUUUUAUUUUUUAUAAUUUUAAUUUUGAGGUUAGGAAAUUCUACAACGCAGUUGCUUAACCUACACCAAUAUACAUUUAUACACUGAGUUUAACACAAAUACACAAGAGUUUUCUACCUUGUUUAUGAUGACCACGGAGGAUACGAAUAGAACUUUGCGAAGCACAAAUUUAUAUCUCAGUUAUAAAUAUCAGAGCACCACAUAUAAAUAAGAACAUCAACACAAACAGCUCAAUAAAAAUGGCUUCCUUUCCCUCCAAUUCAAUGGAGAAAUAACAGUUGCUGUACUUUUUAAAUAAUUUUUAGUGCAUUAUUAUUUGGCCAUAGAGGUAGAUUCUUAAGAUUAUGGACAAUGUUUAAAAUAUUGUUAUUCAAUUACAUUUGCCCAUUGACAGUUAAAUCGCAUAGCCAUGAGUUUGUGAUGCUUCUAACAAUUACUUUUUGUAACAAGAGUAAAAAUUAAAAAAGAGUUUAAAGAGUAACAAUGGCCAGUGUCUUAUAAAAUGUGAUUGGGGACGUCCACAGAGGAGACUGUAUAGCUAUUGCAGGCUAAAUAUUUAAGUAGUAUUAUAAAAAUGUAACCAAAAAUUUUACAUCAAUAUGUUUAUCUAAAAACUUAAUCAUACUUACAAUUAAAAAAAAUAUUGUUUUAUGCAAAUUGUUUGGUAUUCCAGAGAGUGACACCAAAUUGAACCUUUUCCAGAGAAUAACCCUGUUAUACUUAUUUUAAAAUUUAUAUUGAUAUUUCCUAUGAAAAAGUCUUUGUAAAUAAUAUAUCCUAUUUGA